UCUGGAUCAACUAUUCGGCCUGCGCCAGGCUCGACUAAUCGCUGCCACAUCCGCUUCACUUCAGCUGGUUACCUAGCUAACUGCACAGGCUGAAGUGGAAGAUGGCAUCCUCGGAACAGUCAGAGCAGAGCGGACCUCCAGGGAGAGAAGACACUCCGCCACGGGAAGCUCUGAUUGCUACAGCGGUGAAGUUCUUGCAGAACCCGAAAGUUCGUCAGAGUCCGUUGGCUACCAGAAAAGCUUUCUUAAAGAAAAAAGGCUUGACCGAUGAGGAGGUAGACUUGGCCAUCCAGCGCUCUGGCAGUGUUGAGGAAGCACUGGCUCUGAGUCAAUCAGGACCUCCUCACAUCAUCCACAGCCCACCUCUUGCUCCUGCACCCUACAGUCCCCCUGGUUACAGAUGGAGAGACUAUGGUGCCCUGGCCAUCAUCAUGGCAGGAAUGGCCUUUGGCUUCCAUCACCUAUACCGCAAAUACAUCCUUCCCCUCAUUAUGGGCAGCAAAGAGGACAAGAAGCAUCUGCAGAGGAUCGAGAGCAGCAUCGUCGACAUGAGUGGCACGCUGACACAGACAGUGACCCAAUUGCAGACGACUUUAGCCUCAGUGCAGGAGUUGUUGGUCCAGCAGCAGAAGAAGAUCCAGGAGCUGUCUCAGGAGCUGGCUAACUCGCAUGCCUCCUCCGCUACCAACCGCAUGCUGGAGUCUCAGAGCAUCAGUGAGCUAAAGGCUGAGAUCACUUCAUUAAAGGGACUUUUGCUCAGCAGGAGACAGUUCCCUGCUUCUCCAUCCCUCCCCAAAAUCCCGUCCUGGCAGAUCCCUCUGAAGCCGGGCGCCCUGUCCAACUCUCCCUCAGCCAACCACACCAACAGCAGCAGCGACAUCUCACCCGUCAGUAACGAGUCGGCCAGUUCCUCUCCUGUCAAAGAUGGCCACAGUUCACAGGGCAGCGUGUCGGGCUCCCAUGGCUUGAAUGGAGAGGCCAGUCUGGGCUCCAUGCUCACCCUUGACCUGAAAGACCAGGUCCGCAUGGAGGUGCAAGGAGAGGAGGAGAGGAAAGAAGAUGAAGAAGAGGAGGAGGAGGAGGAGGAGGAGGAAGAGGAGGACGACGUGACCCAUGUGGACGAAGAAGAGCAUCUGAGCGUUCAGACAGAAGACAGGAGAGGUGGAGACGGACAGUUUAACGAGCAGGUGGAGAAGCUGCGGCGUCCUGAAGGGGCCAGCAACGAGAGUGAGGUGGAUUAGGAAAGAGUUUUUUUGCUUUAAAUUCUCUCUUCCUCUGUUUCCCCUUUGCUUUUAAUUCAAUCCUGUCAUCACUCUUCUUUUAUUCCAACUCUCAGCCACAUAGUUCACUGAGAAGAAGCAAAUGGAGUGUAAUCACAUCAUUUGUGUUCAGUGCCCUCAUGUCGUGACUUUUCUUUUCAACGUACACACUGAAGUAACAGCUCAGACGUUCUUGCGUGCCUGGGCAAGCACAGUAAGUAACAUACAGUGUGGAAUUAGACGGUGACAGAAUUAUGAUCUUCUGUGUAUUAUUAAGCAGACAUUGUGUGCUCAGCCAUAUCUCUCGUCAUUUCUGACUAGUCAUUUCCCCUGACAAUAGUAACUGUAGUUUCUGAUAAUGUACAGGCUAAUAUCUGUACUGUAUCCAUACUGUAUAUCCAUGCUAGUUAACGCAGCUGUAUUUAAUUCCAAACAAAAGCCUACAGCAACAAAUCAUGGACACCAAAGAAUGUCACGUGACCUAAUUUUGAGUUUCCGGGAUGCUCUAUAUUGCAGCCACCCUGAGCCUCCAUCUUCUUGUCUGGACUUUAAACAUCUGUUUGUCGUUCACUGUGCUCUCUCAGCAUAACGUAACGGCGAGCCACAGCAGCUAGCAUGUCUGGGGAAGUCCUUGUAAUUUCCGAUUAGAGUGAUGAUAGGUUUACUUCCUGGUGGUGUUGAGAAUUGAACAUCGAAGAGGAAGAUAAGCACUGUUUUUAAUGCUCUCUGUGUGAGUGAGGACUGCAGACAGAGACAGAAUAACGGUGAAAAGAAGAGCGCCUCUUCACUUGCGUCUCUCCUGUUUCCAGCUGGGCAGCUGAUUUGGUUUAUGAAGUAUGUUAAUAAUCAAAUGAUCGACAAAUAACAGAUGUAUUAGUUCAUGCAGCUUGAAAUGUCAAGGAGGCUAAAAUCGCAAAUCUAAUACCGAAAGCCUGUUCUAUUGUAUUAUAUUACAUGACAAAGCCUCCAGUCCAAAUUAUACCGGCCUCCCACAGUGAAUAAUCUUAACAUGAAACGGUGCCGGGGCUUUGUAAUUAAACCAUGUAAAACAAUGGAUGCUUCAGCAGAGGUGCCGGCAGUCGGGCUUCUCUCUUUGUGGGGCUUUUUCUGUCCAAGUCCCGAGGAAAAAGAAAAAGAAAAAAAAAAAAAAAAAACCACACAGCUGAUGCAAAUGGAGAGUAACGUAUGAAUACUUAACUAAUAGAAUUACUCAUUCGGCAGCUGAUGAGAAAAAAGUGAGAAAGAUCCUGGAGAGAGAAUUAGAGAUGUCUGCUCCGCUCUGACAUUUUCACUUUUAACAAAUGGCCUUCAGAGUAAUGUGAUUAUG